AUGAGCGGAAAUAGUUCAGUAAGUUCUAUAUCGGCUGCGGCAGUAGCUGUUUCCGCUGCGGCAGCCGUUGCUUCCGCAGCUGCGGCAGCUGCAAAUGCAAUACGUAGCGGUAACAGUAGCAAAAGCACAAGUCGUAAUAGUAAUAAUAAUACUAUUUCAACGACAACAACAUCUAUUCUUGAAGGCGGAGAAAAUAAAAUUGUUGUUACUAAUACAACAGCAAGUGCCGCCCAACAGCAGUUGCAACAACAACAACAACAACAACAACAACAUCAACAUCAUCAACGACAACAACAUCAUCAUCAUCGUCAGCAGCAGUUAUCGUCAUCAUCAUCUUCGCCUUCAUCAUCAUCCACUGCGGCAGUAUUAACAACUCCUUCAGUAAUUCCGCCAUCCGCUAUUGUAUUACCAACACAACCAAGCUCUAUUGCUAGUAACGGUGCAUCACCAAAACCACGUGAAAUUACGUGUAAUUUAUGCUCGAAGACAUUUGCUAGUCAAAAAUUGCUUCAACAACAUCAACACAUGUUUCAUACUGAUAAAGCGUUUAUAUGCGAAAUUUGCGGGAAAGCAUUCCGGUUCCGAUCAAAUUUAGCGGAACAUCGAUCUGUGCAUACAGCUCUUAAGCCUUAUGUAUGCAAAUUUUGCGGCAAAUCGUCUAGAUUGAAAGGUUGCAUUUUUUUUUCAUUUCUCCUUCUCGUUGCUUACAGUUUUAGUCACUUUGAUCAAGUGACUUAUUGA